AUGGCGGGGCCUCAGCAGCGGGGAGGGGAGGUGCCGGCCUGCCCCUGGCAACUGGAUUUCAUUAUCCAGAACAAGUGCCUGACCGAGGUCUCAGCCUCCCCAGACCCCAGCUCUCCUAGGGAAGAGGAGACCCCACUGCUCCCAGGAACCGGCCCCCAAAAGGCAGCCCUUCCUGGGACCCAGGAGGACACUCCCCUGCUGCUGGAGCUGCAGAAGCUGCCAGGAUUGGCCAACACAGACUUGAGUACCCCGAACCCCAAUAUCCAGGUGAGCACUGAGGCGAUGGAGGACACCCAGGCCAAGGUGGAGGGGGACUUGCUGGCCGAGGCAAGUCGUCACUGGCCCCAAGGUGCCCCCAGCUGGCUAACCGCCAAGGAGGCCUCCUGGCCCCUCCUCUGGGGCUACCUGCGGGAUGAGAGGGCGAGGUCCAGUCUCAGCGGCAAAGUCCCAAGGAGAAAGGAGGAAGGAGGGAAGGACUCCUUUUCAGAGUACCGUGAGAGCAGCGAUGAGAAAGAGGACGAGUUCAGUGGAGCCAUAGGCAUCUGGAAGCGGGGCUCGCUGUCCUCCAGCUUUUUGGCCUUCAAGGACCUCAACAGUGACAAGCCUCAAGAGGAGUGGAGCCCCUGGUCUCCUUGCAACGCGAGCUGUGGCAGUGGCACCCGGCAGAGGACUCGGUCCUGUGGCUACGGCUGCACCGCCACCGAAGACGAGGAUUGCGACCUGCCCCCCUGUCCUGGCACCCAGGACGAGGACACCUCGGGUUCACCCAGUGAGGAGCCCCCGGCUACCGAUGUGCCAGAUUCAGAUGUGGACCCCUGUGAGAAGUGGCUGAACUGCAAGAGCGACUUCUUAGAUAAGUACCUGAGCCAGGUGCUGCAGGACCUGCCCAGUUGCCCAUGCACAUACCCACUAAAGGCUAGGAACCAGGACGUGAGCUUGUGGGACAAGCGGAAGGGCCGCAGCUUCCAGUGGAGGGACGCCAGCGGCCCCAAAGAGCGGCUGGAUAUCUACCAUCCCUCGGCGGACUCCUGCCUGCGCUCCCGGCUGUCCCAGAACAGCACCACGCUGGCCGCCCAGCACUGCUGCUACGACUCCAGGCACCGGCUGCUGACCCGAGGCAAGGGCGCUGGCACCCCUAACCUCAUCAGCACGGAAUUCUCACCCGAACUGCACUUCAAGUUGGACAGGCUGCCCUGGAUCAUGUGUAAGGGGGACUGGAGCCGCUACCACUCUGUGCGGCCCCCCAACAAUGGCAGGGUCUGCGCCGUAAACCCUUCUCAGAGGGAGUACCUGUCCCAGCUGCAGGAGGCCGAGGAAUACUGA